AUGUGGACUCCUGUUUUCCAACGCUCUUCACGGUACCUUCUCUUCUGUUGCAGCGAUGAUGAUUCGAUGGCGGCCUGCUGCGAUGAUGAUGAUGAUGAUGAACAAAUUGACAAGAUUUGUAAACCACAGUUCAGUUGUGACAUUUGCGGUAAAACGUACAAACAACGCAAUUCGUUACGCAAACAUCUCGACACUCACUCUACGGAGAAAAUGUCCGAUCCGAACCAAAGCAAACCGUUGAAGCAGUGUGAAAUUUGCGAAAAGUUAGUUUCUAAAAAUGGCUAUUCGAGGCACAAAAAAUCCCACAGCGACGAACGCUCAUUUGAAUGCGAGAUAUGCAGCAAAACCUUUGUCAGAAUCGGCAAUCUGAAGCUGCACAAGAUGAUUCAUCUGGCGGAAAGACGAUUCAAAUGUGACAUAUGCGGUAAAGCCUUUUUAAAACUGGCACAUUUGGUCGAACAUACAGAAACGCACAAUCCGAAGAAACAAUUCAUAUGCGAUAUAUGUGAUAAAAGUUUUUCCGGAAAAGGACUUAUAGUCCGUCAUAUAAGAACGCAUAUUACGGAAAAACGAUUCAAAUGUGUAAUAUGUGACAAAACAUUUUGCAGAAAGGAACAUUUAGUCCGACAUGUAAAAAUGCACGAUCCGACAAACGAUGCGCGACCAUUUCCGUGCGACAUUUGCGGUUUGUCGUAUAACUUAGCGUAUAUGCUAGGUGAUCACAAGAAGAUCCACUCGUACCUGGGGAAAAAUCCAUUCAAGUGUAAUAAAUGCGAUGCAAAAUAUACCUACGAGGGCGACCUGAGGUGUCACAUGAAGCUACACUUAGAGAAGCGAUGUUCCAAGUGUGGAAUGCAGUUUGUUACACGUAAACGACUUGAAAAUCACCUGUGCAAAGAUCGACCAUUCAAAUGCACGAUGUGUGAAAAAGCGUUUAUGUAUGAGAAAAAUUUUCGGAACCAUCGGUACAAUGUACACAACAGUAGUGAUAACAAACCGCACGACGUCGGUGAACCGACGACAGUUCAAGGCCGAAUUGUGCGGAGCUCCGGAAGGGUCCAGAAGGUGCGGCAGCAGCAACAAAGUGAAAAAUUUGAGCAACUGCCGCCGAGCGAUGAAAUGGAUUCGGUUUCCGAAUCAAGCAGCCAGACAGGCUGA